AUGAAGAGCUUUUUUCUUUAUCUUUAUGUGGCAUUCAUGUUUAGUUGCAUAACGGCUCUGCCAUUACCUGUGGAUAACAAAAGGGCUUCUUCAGACUCCUUAGACCUAAAGAAAAAAUACGCACCAGACCCUCCUAUUACACAUAAUGUAAACAUCGGAAUUGUUUUCACAGAUCCUGAAAGUUCGGAAGAAGCCGGCCGUCUCAUAACAAUAGACUUAUACGGGACUAUGGUGCCCAAGACAGUAAUGACUUUUUGCCAGUAUGUUGAUAGUGUAAAAGAUCGCCUUGCUUCCCGUCACAGUUACUCGCCAGAACGCGAUUUUGAUAAAAUUCUACCGAAUGGAGCUAUAGAAGGUAGCUCCGUUUCUUCCUCCUCUAUUGAAGAAACGGAAAUGUUGGCUCCAAAACUCCCGGAAGAAAAUCAUAGUUUAAUUCAUGAUAGGCCAGGCAGAGUUUCCAUGAUUAAGGACGAUAAGGGUCUUAAGUUUAUAAUUGAGACCAGUGAGACGCCACUUGAAGGUGAAAGUGUUGUGUUUGGCCAAGUUACCGCCGGGUUAAAAGAUCUGAUGGAUAAACUAGCUAAUGUGAAAACUGACGAAAAUGGCAAACCAGAGCAACCAAUAACAAUAGGUUACAUUUCAUCCCAGGAACACAGGAUUCAGCAUGCAAAGGAAGCUCACGAAAAGUAUUUACAAAGGCUUCAAGAUUACCAAAACGGCGAUUUGGAGAAAGGUAUUACAUUGAAGAAUUAUUUAUACCAGGGUAGUCAAAGAAAGUUAGAAGACGCAAAAUAUAAUCAGCUUCACCAUCCUUUACCAAAGAUUAUGCUUGGUAUUUCGGUAUUGUUACUUUUCUACGUUUUGGCCAAGUACAGGAAAAGAAUAUUCAACAGAUCGUCUAAAAUAGUUUCUAUUAGAGAGGAUUAA